AUGCAAGUGCCUAACCAGUCCUCUGUGACUGAAUUCAUCCUCCUGGGCUUCUCCUUCAAUCCCAGGAAUACUCCCCUGCUUUUCUCAGCCUUCCUGAUAAUCUACCUAUUAAUUAUUCUGGGGAACAGCUUGAUCUCCAUCCUCAUCUGCCUGGAUUCCCGCCUCCACACACCCAUGUACUUUUUUAUUGGCAUCCUUUCUAUGCUAGACCUGGGCUACACCACUACCACUGUGCCUCAGAUGUUGGCACAUCUGGUCAGCAGGAAGAAGACCAUCUCUUUUGCCAGCUGUGUGACCCAAAUGUACAUUUUCUUAGUUCUAGGCAUCACUGAGUCCUGGCUCUUUGCCAUCAUGUCCAUAGACAGGUAUGUAGCCAUCUGCCACCCCCUGAGGUACAAAGUCAUCAUGAAUCCAUGGCUCUGUGUGUCAAUGGUCAUUUUCUGUGGACUUUGGGGUGUCCUCUCUGCUUUGGUCUAUACUUACUUUGCCAUGCGCCUGCCCUACUGUGGCCCCAACAAGAUCAACCACUUCUUCUGUGAAAUUCCUGCAGUCUUAAAGCUGGCCUGUGCAGAUACCUCAAUCAAUGACCGGGUAGACUUUAUUCUUGGAUUUUGUGUCAUCCUAGUCCCACUCUCCCUCAUCCUUCUUGUUUAUGUCAACAUAUUCAUUGCCAUCUUGAGAAUCCGCUCAGCCCAGGGGCGAAUCAAGGCCUUCUCCACCUGUGCCUCCCACAUCACAGUGGUCACCAUGUUUUGUGUUCCCGCCAUGGUCAUGUACAUGAAGCCUGGCUCUCAGUCCUCCCCAGAAGACGACAAAAAGUUGGCUCUCUUCUACAAUGUCAUCUCUGCUUUCCUCAACCCCAUCAUCUACAGUCUCCGGAAUAAGGAUGUCAAGAGGGCUUUUCUCAAGGUGACGGGGUGUGGCAAGGCCACACAAUGA